AUGGCGGCGGACACCGCCGUAGCGGCCAGCCCCGAGGAGACGCUGGAGUCGCUUUUGCGCGAGGCCGAAGCGCUCAAGCAGAAACUCGAAGAAGAGAGGCAAAAACUUAACGAUGUGUCGUUGUCAUGUGUGGCGGAGCGCCUGGAGCAAAUCACGUUUCCUAAUCUAAAGCUGCGACGUGUGAUGAAGGGCCACCAGUCCAAGGUGCUCUGCUCAGACUGGUCGCCGGACAAGCGGCACAUCGUCUCCUCGUCGCAGGAUGGGAAGGUGAUAGUGUGGGACGCCUUCACGGGGACAAAGGAGCUGACGAUCCCCAUGCCGAGUACCUGGGUGAUGGCUUGUGCCUACGCGCCGUCCGGCAAUAUGGUUGCCGCUGGGGGGCUGGACAACAAGGUGACGGUGUUUCCGCUGGGCGGGUCGGGGGGCGCGGGCGAGGAGGAGCCGGCGGCGCGCAAGCGCACGUUCGCGACGCACACGUCCUACAUGUCGUGCUGCCUGUUCCCCAACACCGACCGCCAGAUCCUCACUGGAUCCGGCGACGGCACGUGCGCGCUGUGGGACGUUGAGUCGGGCCAGCUGCUGCAGAGCUUCCAGGCGCACGGUGCGGACGUGAUGGCGCUGGACUUGGCGCCGUCGGACACGGGCGACACGUUCGUGUCGGGCGGCUGCGACCGCGCCGUGCUGGUGUGGGACAUGCGCACGGGGCAGGCCGUGCAGGCCUUCGACACCCACGACUCCGACGUCAACAGCGUCAAGUACCACCCUUCCGGCGACUCGAUCGCGUCCGGUUCCGACGACUCGUGCUGUCGCCUCUUCGACCUGCGCGCCGAUCGCGAGGUGGCCCGCUACACCAAAGAGAGCAUCAUAUUCGGCGUGAACUCCGUGGAGUGGUCGGUGUCGGGGCGGCUGAUCUUCGCGGGCUACAGCGACUACACGGCGUGCGCGUGGGACGCGCUGCGCGGGGCGCGCGUGUGCGUGCUGUGCGGCCACGAGCACCGCGUCACGCGCGUGCAGCUCGCGCCCGACGGCACCGCGCUCAGCACCGCCUCCUGGGACUGCACCCUCCGGAUCUGGGCGUAG